CACAAAAUCAAAUUGCAAUCUGGGCUGCCCCGAUUAACAAUUGGGCUGAUUUGCAUCUGGAAUACAACAUAUAUAAAGAAUAUAUCACACAACUAAUCAAAUACUACAAGGGAUUCACUAAAGAUACAACACUAAACAAACAUGUAGAAAUUCAAAAGGCAGUUCAUGAGGCCAUCUCUGGAAAACUUCAACAACCACCAAGUUACCCAAAUGAUAUCUCAGAGAAUAUACAACAAAUAUUACCUUUUACUUUACCUAUAAAAAACAAAGCUCAUACUAAAGCAGUGGUUACUGCACUUCAUCAUAUAUACCAAUUUGACCAACUACCCAAGGAGUACAUUGCAAACUUAGACCCUCUUCCAACUAACCUGGCCAAUCUUCAUCCAGCAGUAAGAGACCUAUUCCCAAUCACUGAUAGAAAUGCCUUAGAGAAUUAG